GCCAUAAAGAAGAACUGCGCAUGUGCGAAGAAAGAACGGAACCAGUAUUACGUCAUCCGGAAGCUCGCUCGGCCUUUCUGCUCCCGGACUGCCAUCAUGGUGUUCAAGCGUUUUGUUGAGAUUGGCCGCGUUGCCUACGUCUCCUUCGGACCCCAUGCCGGCAAGCUGGUGGCCAUCGUAGAUGUCAUUGACCAAAACAGGGCUCUUGUUGAUGGCCCCUGCACAGGAGUGAAGAGGCAGGCCAUGCCCUUCAAGUGUAUGCAGCUCACAGACUACGUCAUCAAGGUUCCCCACAGCGCCCGCCAGAAGUUUGUGAGGAAAGCCUGGGAGAAGGCCCAAGUCAAUGAGAAGUGGUCGGAAAGCAACUGGGCCAAGAAGAUCGAGGCGAGACAGAAGAGGGCCAAGAUGUCCGACUUCGACCGCUACAAGGUGAUGAAGGCCAAGAGGAUGAGAAACAAGAUCAUCAGGCACGAGGUGAAGAAGCUCCAGAAGGAGGCAGCAAAGAAGUGAAAAGUUUUCACCACAAUAAAUUCCACUUGGAUUGUU